ACAAUACAGUCCUCAGUCUCAUCGCCUUCCCCUCCCAAUUCUCUCUCUCUAUAACUGCAAAACUUCUUUCUUCAGCCAAAAACCAGAAAGAAAGGGAAAUUAAAAAAUAAAAAAUUAAAAUUGCAGGUUGGGAUGGCUUCCUUUGGCAGUCGUUGGAUCAGGCCAGAGGUGUUUCCACUGUUUGCAGCGAUGGGAUUUGCAACUGGGAUCUGCGGUUUUGCUAUGGCUCGCAAUAUGCUCAUCAAUCCUGAAGUCAGGGUGAACAAGCAAGGGAGGGCUGCCGGGGUGCUCGAGAAUUUUGAGGAGGGGCACAAAUACGCGGAUCAUGCCCUGAGGAAAUUCGUGCGCAACAGGCGACCGGAGAUUAUGCCCUCCAUCAACAGCUUCUUCAGCGACCCCCAGAGUACUUAAUGUUGUCUUUUUCUUCUUCUUCAUCGUCGUGUUGUCGCCGCGCCUUUCAGACUUGACUUGUACUAGAAUAAAAUCAAGAUUCAGGCACAGACAUAUAUAUAUAUAUAUAUGUUUGUGUAUGAAGAAGAGAUUCUAUGGAAAUUUAUGUAUGUGUUUGUUGGUGUUUAUGGAUCUUUUUAUGUAAUCUGAUGUCGAGUCUUUCUAUUC